AAGUGUCUGGGUGGGAGGAGGCAAGACUCUGAAGAGUCUGUGCUACUCUUUGAUCUGAGAGAAAUUAUCUGAUCCCAAAACACAAGAGCCUGAAGCAGUCUUCAGUAUACCUUGAAAAUCAGAGCAAGAGACCAUCCAUUUGCUUCUGGUUUGUGAAGCUUCCCUCAACUCUUUGAGGUCAAAAGACAGGAAUUUGAAAAGCUGCUCAAACACUGGAAAAAUCUCAGAAGACUUUUCAAGUUUUAAGAAAUCAUAAGUGUCUGCGCUUCCUGUUUUCCUCAGAGAAAUAUCAAUAUGCGAAGAGUAUAGUGAACACUAAAAUGGCCAGAAAAUUCUAGAAAGAAUUUAUAAAUGAAAUUUAAGACGUGAUGCAAGGAAAACAUUCAGGCAAAACAAGCAAAGGUCUGCUCAAAAUUCACAAGUAUUCCAUCAAGAACACACAGAACAGCUUCUGUACCAUUUAAUAUUUAUUGACUUUUUUUCUGAAGUUUGAAAGAAACUAAUGUGACAUGAGGUGCAUUUGAGAAUUUCAAGCUGGGAAUAUUGGCAUCACCAACACUGACAUAAUUUUUGACAGCAAAUUGCCGUAAAGGGUGCUCAAGCAUUGAAAUUUGAAAUGGAUGACAAUCAACGAGGAUCAACACUGGAAAGAAUUCCUUACCCAAGACCCAUUGGGGUGCCCCUGGCGAGGGUACAUGAGUGCCUUGGGAUGCCUUUUGCAGAGGGUUUGUCAUUGUCUUUUCCUAUUGAUCCUACAUACCUGGAUGGUACAUAUCGUGAAGGAUAUGCCAGCAGGCUGUCUUAUCUACCUUUCCACAGCCACUUGGGGAUCUAUGAUUAUUCCUUUGAGCCAGCUUUUAUCAGGAAACGCAAUGAAAGGGAAAGGCAGAGAGUGCGUUAUGUUAAUGAAGGCUACGCACGACUCAGAGAGCAUCUUCCUGAUGAUUUUGCAGACAAAAGACUGAGCAAAGUAGAGACUUUAAGGGCUGCGAUCAGCUACAUCAAACACCUUCAGGAGUUACUGAACCCUUCAGAGACUAAAGAGAGAAGGUCUCUAUCUCCAAGAGCUGUGGAGAUCCAUAAACUUCCAUGCCCUGGUCCACAGAGAGAUGGUAACAGUGAUGGAGAAUCCAAAUCCUCUUCACCCUUCAGUGAACUUAGUGAACUAAGCAGCUAACCAAUUUAUUUCGUCUAAAAAAUGCAAUCCAUUUAACAAGCAGUCAUCUAUUGUCUUUGCAAAAUACUGUUUGCCCGACCUUUUUUAGGGUGAACUGUAAUGUGUUCCUUCAUGCAGAAAUGAUCAUGUAGCAAUUCAUUUCUAUGUGAACCAUGAAUGUUCUCUCAUUAAGCCAAUCCAUCUCCAAGGCUUGGCAGGUAAACGAUGGAAACAAGAAGCAAGCAGGCAAAACAUAACAUUCACAAAAUUCACACAGAAAAUAUAAAAUUCAGAAAAGGUAUCAUAGAGAAGGUAAUUUUGGGCAAAUCUUUGCUAUUCAGACAAUGAAAGAUGUUUUAGAGUUUGUAGACAUUGACAUUUUCAUUUCAAGCUUCAGUUAUUUCUGUCUCCCUCAAAGCAAAAUCUAUAUAUAAUGGAUUCUGAAGAGGAGGGAGAAGACACAACUGAAAAUUGUCAGUGACUGAGCUCUGUAAUGUAGAUAUUUAACAGUAUGUUUACACAGAUCAACACUUCUUCACAAAGCCACAUAUAUUCAAGUCAUUCAAGACUAUUGUGUAGAGUGGAAAUAAAACUUGAAGAAAAAAAUAUGAA